AUGACCGUCUACGUCUUGCUCGCUUGCCUUCCGGCCCGAAGACACCACAUGCAAGCCUCCUCAAUACCAACCAGCGUCCAAAUACUCUGCCUCCUGCAUCGCUCCUCAAGUCGCGCUGCUGACGUCGGCGCCCGGUUCGCUCUCCAAGUCAUCGACGACGGCUCCCCAAGCAUCGUGCACUCGCCGCCGCCAUUCCCGACUGCCUCGCCCGUCGCUGCGACACAUCAUCGACGUCGAGAGGCCAGGUCAUGGCCGGCUACGAGCGACCAUGAGCUUCUCCCAGAGGAGAGUAGCCUCCUCAGCGACGAGCUCGCCCUCAACACCAACAACUCGGCCAUGAGCCAGCGCUUGGAGAAGCUGCCCCAGCAGCGCCAACUGCGGGGCCCCAACUAA